UGGAGUCAUGGUUGCAACUAGUGAAUACAAUUCAGUGUAACAGUUGAAUGCCUUACGGUUGGGCAUUUUAUUCUGCACAUCAGAGAUGUACUAACAAGAUUUUGGGUCAGUUUAGGCCUAUUACUGAGUGACUUUAUGCAAAUAUUCAACUCGUCAAAUCCAUGAAGAGUUGACAGUUUAAUUUCCCCCUUACACAUUCAGUACUGCGCUGGUCUUUUGGUAAUCGUUUUUAUCUAUGGGUGAGCCGCAUAACUUGUCCUGUGUCAGAGUGUGAGGAUCGAUUCCAUACAUGGUCUGUAUGACACAGGCAACAUGACAACUAGACUACCCCCUUUACAUAAGAGGAGCAGGCAAGUCUGCCUGAAACUCAAGUAGGGUACAUUCAAAUGCGCCGCGGUUGAGUUUCUGCCUCAUGUCUCUGCGCGUAGUCGCCUCAGAAGUCAGUCUCUGAAACAGAUUGCAGAAAAAGUCUAGUUUACACGUACCCUUUGCACCUUCGGUAUAAUCGGACUCAUUCUGCGCACAAAAUUAUUAGCCUACCAAAACUAGUUCGGGUGUCAUCUUGACGGAUUUCCGUAAACACUGAACGCUUUCACAUUGUUUACGUGUUGUCAGUUUCAUUUGGAUUAUUUGGGUAGAAAGUUAAACCGCAAUCAUGUCAGCAAGGAUUCUUCUUGGUUAUCUUCGAUCUGGCGUUAGUGUUUCCAAGAAAGCCAAGGGUCUAUCGAGACCACGGACAAAGAUAUUUGUCUCUGGACAACAAUGCUGCUCCAUCCAUGUGGACAGCCCUCCCGUGGAGCCCUCCCUCACCACCAGCUACGCCCACGGCACCUCCACCCGCUCCCUGCUGUCCAGCACCGUGGGCCAGACCCUACAGGCAGCCGCGGAGCGCUGGCCGGACCGCGAGGCUCUGGUCUUCGUGCAGGACGGCGUCAGGAAGACCUUUGCCCAGUUCAAGCAGGAGGUGGACCAGGCCGCUGCGGGCCUCUUGGCAAUAGGCCUGAAGAAAGGCGACAGACUUGGCAUGUGGGGACCCAACACCUAUGAGUGGAUCCUCAUGCAGUUCGCCACAGCCAAGGCUGGCAUCAUCUUGGCGGCUGUGAACCCAGCUUAUCAGCUGCAGGAGGUGGAGUUUGCAAUGAGGAAGGUGGGCGUCAGUGCUGUGGUGUGCCCCACCCAGUUUAAGACCCAGAAGUACUACGACAUGCUGAGGCAACUCUGCCCCGAUAUGGACACGGCCAGCCCCGGCAGCAUCAAGAGUAGCAGGCUGCCGGAGCUGAGGACGGUGAUCUUGACUGACAGCGAGCAGCCGGGUGCACUCCACCUGAAGCAGGUGAUGGAGGCGGGCAGCAGCCAGUACGUGCAGCAGCUGGAGGAGCUGCAGAGGACGCUGUGCUUCGACGACCCCAUCAACAUCCAGUUCACCUCGGGCACCACUGGGGCGCCUAAAGGAGCCUCCCUGUCCCACCACAACAUUGUCAACAAUGCCUACUUCAUCGGCACACGAGUCGGCUAUCACUGGAGGCCCCACGUGAAAAUAUGCCUACCGGUGCCCCUCUACCACUGCUUCGGGUCCGUGGGGGGUGGCAUGGUCAUGGCUGUGCAUGGAGCCACGCUGGUGUUCCCGUCGGCGGGCUACGAUAGCCGCGCCAAUCUGGCAGCCGUGCACAGCGAAAGGUGCACCUUUUUAUAUGGCACUCCGACCAUGUUCAUUGACAUGCUGGGUCAACCGGACCUGCCCACGUUUGACCUGUCAUCUGUAGAAGGGGCAAUAAUGGCUGGUUCUCCAUGUCCGGCAGAGGUGGUGUGUAAGGUGAUCAAAAACAUGGACAUCAAACAGCUAUCGAUUGGCUACGGCACCACGGAGAACAGCCCGGUGACCUUCGUUGGCUUCUCCAUCGACAGCAUGGAGAGAAGGACCGAGACGGUGGGCUGCAUCGCCCCUCACACUGAGGCUAAGGUGGUGGACCCGACCUCAAGGCAGCUGGUGCCGCUGGGCAGUCAGGGGGAGCUCAUGAUCCGGGGGUACUGUGUGAUGCUGGAGUACUGGGGAGACCAGGCCAAGACGCAGGAGUGCAUCAGCAAAGACGGCUGGUACAAGACAGGUGACAUUGCCUCUAUGGAUGCCUAUGGCUACUGUAAGAUCGAGGGGCGCAUCAAGGACAUGAUCAUCCGCGGCGGAGAGAACAUCUACCCAGCAGAGAUUGAGCAGUUCCUGCACACACAUCCAAAAGUGCAGGAGGCCCAGGUGAUUGGCGUGAAGGAUGAGCGAAUGGGAGAGGAGAUCUGCGCCUGCAUCAGGCUGAAAGUGGGCCAGGAGUGCACAGCAGAGGAGAUCAUAGCCUACUGCAAAGGAAAGAUUUCCCAUUUCAAGAUUCCACGUUACGUGUUAUUUGUUGAGAGUUACCCCCUCACCAUCACAGGAAAGAUUCAGAAGAUCCAUCUGAGAGAGUUGACAGAGAAGCAACUGGGGCUUUAGUUCCGGAAAGGAAAAUGGCGUCGUGAGACACAACAUGGGCCACGACGGGAGAGACCCGCAUCAAAGUACUGCACACAGCACAUAAUGGACAUGACCCUGAACGUCCUGGGACAGUGUCAAACAGGCUAGAACAAACACUAAACUCUCACUUUCCCCCAGAGAGAACCCCUUGAACCCUACAGGUGGUAAUAUUUCAGGUAUUAAGGUCAGAUUAUGAUACUGUGAACAGGAUUUAAGGUAGGAUUAUGAUACUGUGAAGAGGGUACAGAACACUGCAGUUGUUUGUAAGGCCAAGAGAAUUUCAAGAGGAGUCAAGAAAAAGAUCAUAUCGGUCAACUUUUUAGUUCCCAAUAUUAAAUAUGUAGAAGUCAUUUUGUAAAGGCAAGAUUAGUUUCUAUUGGAGUCACAAAUCACAUAGUACAACCUUUUAGUUUCUUUUUAAGUUCUGUCUUGAGUGUUAGGAUUGUGGAAACGUUGUAAAACUGUGCCUUCAUGUAUCUUAAUUGCUGCCAAAGUUUUCUGACUUUUCUAUUCAACAGAUAAUGUCAGACUAUUUUCUUUGUGUUUCUAUACAGAAGAUAAUGCUAAACGAUUUUCUGCAGGUUUUUAAAAAAAUACUUUUAAAUACUACUUAUUUUUUUGAGAUGCCAUUAAACAUGAAUUGUACCUCA